UGGCGGAAGGAGGCAGCUAAGCAGAGGUAUAUAAACCAGAGAGAGACAGGCAGCUACUAGUGUUCUCCCGUAGUUCCUCACUCAAGACCGCCAAGAUGUCUGACGCCGACUUGCCCGAUAUUGACCCCGAGCAGAUGAUAGUGCUCAAGAAGGCGUUCGACAGCUUUGACUCGGAGAAGAAGGGCGCCAUCUCCACGGACACGGUGGCCACUAUACUGAGGAUGAUGGGUCAGUCAGUUAACAGGACCAUGCUGGACCAGGUCAUCAGUGAGGUGGACGUGGACGGGUCGGGCGAGCUUGAGUUCAACGAGUUCGUGCUGCUGGCGACCAAGUUCAUGAACGAAGAUGAUGAAGAAGAACUUAAAAAGGAACUUAAGGAAGCAUUCAGACUGUACGACAAGAAAAGCCAAGGCUUCAUCCCCACCAGUGUGCUGCGUGAGAUUCUGAAGGAGCUGGACAACAAACUGAACAACGAGGAGCUGGAUGGCAUCAUUGACGAGAUCGAUCAGGACGGCUCUGGCACUGUUGACUUCGACGAAUUCCUGGACAUGAUGAUGGGUUAAGGGGGUCGAGGCCACUGCUUUCCCCUUUAAAGCACCUCCCCUCAACAAGACCUUUCCGUUACGUCACGCCCCGCCACCCAGUCAGCGGGCGCUACUCCCGUGCACGCCCCCUGGAGACAGCCCCGCCCACCAGCCCCACCCGCCCUGCCCAGCUUGCACGCCCCAGCCCAAUACAGCCCCUCCUACUUCUACUGACGAAGCCAAGACAAGAAAAGAACAGGAACAAGACCACCACUGUGAAUAAUAACAACAACAAUAAUAAUAAUAAUAAUAAUAUUAAUAAUAAUAAAGCUACAACGACAA